CCUGAAGGAAAAGGUUACAAGAAGGCAAGGGGGUUUAAAGUCACGGGGAAAGGCAUCCUCUGAGGUUGAGGAUAGGCGAGUACAGUGAAGCAAAAUGGAGUCUAAUAGCUUAAGUGAAAUAUUAAUGUGGCAUACAAAAUUAAAUUCUAGAUAUGCCUAGUGAUUGCUUAGAAUUUAGUCUUUGAUAAUUUAGUUUUCAAAAAGACAGCUUUCUGGAUGAAAAAACCAUUUUGUUUUCUUUCCUAGGCAGUCCAACUUAAGAGAGACUUGGCUGCAACCUGCGAGUGCUUGUCAGCUGCCUUGCCACUCUUGAGUGAAUUCUUUCAGCUUGCUGGUCAGUUCCUAAACCACAGGGUUGUAUCCUAGGACACUUAAGAACUUGGAUUUGAUUUCACAGGAUGGUUAUACAAAAGUACAGAUCAAGCACCCACAAGGUUAAAUUGCAGGAAAGCCCUCUUGGAUGCAAGACAAAGGCGGGGUAUAAAACGAAAACAAAAGUAACCGGAGUUAAGAAGAGGUCUUUGGAUUUCAUUCACACCACACUCAAGACUGCUCCUCUCUGCUCACUGAAACAGAUUGCAGCCAUGGCUUUGGAACACAACCAAUCAAUGGAUUACUACUACGAGGAAAAUGAAAUAAACGGCACUCACGACUACAGUCAGUAUGAAGUGGUCUGUGUAAAAGAAGAGGUCAGGAAAUUUGCCAAAGUUUUCCUGCCUGCCUUCUACACAAUAGCUUUCAUCAUUGGACUUGCCGGAAACUCCAUAGUAGUGGCAAUUUAUGCCUAUUACAAGAAGCAGAGAACCAAAACAGAUGUGUACAUCCUGAAUUUGGCAGUGGCAGAUUUACUACUCCUAUUCACUCUGCCCUUUUGGGCAGUUAAUGCAGUUCAUGGGUGGGUUUUAGGGAAAAUCAUGUGCAAGGUCACUUCAGCCUUGUACACAGUCAACUUUGUCUCUGGAAUGCAGUUUUUGGCUUGUAUCAGCAUAGACAGAUACUGGGCAGUUACUAAAGCACCGAGCCAUUCAGGGGUGGGAAAACCAUGCCGGCUCAUCUGCUUCUGUGUCUGGAUGUUUGCCAUCUUGCUAAGUAUACCUCAGCUGGUUUUUUAUACAGUAAAUCACAACGCUAGGUGCAUUCCCAUCUUUCCAUACCACCUGCAAACAUCACUGAAGGCAUCAAUUCAAAUGCUGGAAAUCUGCAUCGGAUUUGUUAUUCCCUUUCUCAUUAUGGGCGUGUGCUACUUUAUCACGGCAAGGACCCUCAUCAAGAUGCCAAACAUUAAAAAAUCUGGACCCCUCAAAGUUCUGUUCACAGUGGUUAUAGUUUUCAUUGUCACUCAGUUGCCUUACAACAUUGUCAAGUUCUGCCAAGCCAUAGACAUCAUCUACUCCCUGAUCACCGACUGCGAAAUGAGCAAACGCAUGGAUGUUGCCAUCCAGAUCACAGAGAGCAUUGCACUCUUUCACAGCUGCCUCAACCCAGUCCUGUAUGUUUUUAUGGGGUCCUCUUUUAAAAACUACAUUAUGAAAGUUGCUAAGAAAUAUGGGUCCUGGAGAAGAAGACAAAGACAAAAUGCAGAGAUUCCUUUGGAUUCUGAAGUCCUUACAGAGCCAACCAGUACAUUUAGCAUUUAAAUGUAAAACUGCCUUCUGUCUUGCUUCGAUACACAUGAAUGAUGCUUCGCCCUCAGAUAAAACAUCUGCAUUAUUCUGAACUUCAAACCUCAGACACGUGGUCAAAACUUACAACAAAGAAGAGUUAGGGUGAGGAACAGGGGAGGGUAGAAGCCAAGAAGAGGAAACAAAAUAAUGCAUAAAACAUGCAAAUUAAAAUAAACAAUAUUGGAAAAUAGUAGUAACAAGCAUAAGUAAUAAGACCAUCAUGCUAUAAGUAGGCCAUCUAACAUCAAUAAAGAGGCUUAUAUUAAGGGGCAUUUAUUAUUAUUUUACAUUACAUAAAAAUGAUUUUCCUGUAUAAUUUUAAUACUUGAAUAACUAUACAGCAAAAUUUAAUCUACCCUUCUUGUUUCUUAAUUUGUGAGUUCAUAAAACUCCCAAAAUAACAAUCAACAAUAAAAAAGUACAUAAAAAGC